AUGGUAGUGGCAGGGGGAGGCAGUGCUAUUCAGGCUGGCCUGGGGACUCAGGUAGGUACAGACGCUUCCAGCUUGAGAAAGGCAGACCCCAAAAGUCGGAGUGCACUGUUGGCUGAUAUCCAGCAAGGAACUCGCCUACGGAAAGUCACGCAGAUCAAUGACCGCAGUGCCCCACAGAUUGAGAGUUCUAAAGGAAUCAACAAAGAAGGAGGAGGGUCUGCAAACUCUCGAGGCGGAAGCACACCCCCAAGCCUGGGAGACCUGUUUGCUGGUGGCUUUCCUGUGUUGAGACCAGCCGGCCAGAGGGAUGUGGCAGGUGGCAAAACAGGGCAGGCCCCUGGCUCCCGCGCACCUUCUCCCCGGCUUCCCACGAAAACUCUCAGCGGCCCAUUUAACCCUCCUGCAUCUCCCAGGCUAGGCAAUGCCUCCGAGGCUCAUGGCACCUCCAGGACAGUCCCUCCUCGCCCCAGCAUGCCUGCCCCACCGCCUCCCACCCCGCCCCCACCUCCUCCACCCCUACCCCCACCUCUGCCCCCUUCCUCCCCCACCAAAGCUCCGCUGGUGUCCCCACCUGGCCCGCCCACCAAAGGGAACCCCCCAGGGGUUGCACCCCCUCUCCUCUCUGCACCGCCCCCUCCCCCUCUGCCCCCACCCCUUCCUGCAACACCACCCCCACCCACCCUGGCCUCUGUUCUCAGUGACAAGGCCAUGAAGCCUCAGCUGGCCCCCUUGCACCUGCCACCCAUCCCACCCCCACUCCCUCUCCUCCCACCUUGUGGGUAUCCUGGGCUCACUGCCCAAGAUGUUCGGGAGCCUCCCGCCCCACCCCCUCCACCACCCCCACCCCCUCUUUAUGCCUCCUGUACCCCGAGGUCCUCUGUGCCUGUGCCUCCUUUGCCAGGAGCUAACAACAACAGCGAAGCCCCACUCCUGCUGCCCCCCAAGUCUCCCAGCUUCCAGGCCCAGCCACCCAAGUCCAGCACGCAGGCCUUGCCGGCACCACCAGCCCCUCCAGGAUCCCAGCCAUUCCUGCAGAAGAAGAGGCCCGGCCGAGGCCCAGGGACCAGUGGGGGGAAGCUAAAUCCACCCCCAGCACCCCCUGCGAGAUCACCCACCACGGAGCUUUCAAGCAGAAGCCAACAGGCCCUAGCCUGGACCCCGACACAGCAGCCUGGAGGUCAGCUGCGGAACGGAAGCCUGCAUAUCAUCGAUGACUUUGAAUCUAAAUUCACAUUUCAUACUGUGGAAGACUUUCCUCCUCCAGAUGAAUAUAAACCAUGCCAGAAGAUUUACCCCAGCAAGAUCCCCAGAAGCCGUACACCUGGUCCCUGGCUCCACGCUGAGGCAGCAGGGCAGAGCUCGGAUGACAUCAAAGGCAGAAAUUCUCAGUUAUCUCUAAAGACACUCCGGUGA